AAAUACCUUAUACCACAUUUAGUUAGUAGGCAUGUGACAAUACUAUUGCUCGAAUGACAGAAAACUCAGUUAGACUUGAAACCUACGAGUAAAAUUCAGAUCAGGAACCAAACAUAAUUGUAUUCUUUUUAUUAUAUUUUUCGUUCUAGUAGUAAAAACGGGUAAGUCAUUAUACUACUAAACCCUGUCGUAUAUUUGGCUCUUGUUCCGACCCUGCUUUCAUGAAGGGUGCCUGUUUUAACUAGAAUUGCUAUUUUUGAAGAUUUCUUCGACAACAUUACGAAAAGAACCAUAUGAUAAAAAAAUAGAGAAUUUCAUUAAGGCGUUUUGCAGAAGCGAAGGAAAUACAUUGAAUAAAGAUUUGCAUAUUUGAUCUAUAACAUGAAAACAGAGGUUUUGCAAAUACGAUGGCAUUACGAUGCUAAUGAUGAUCACACGCCUAUUUAUUCAAUCGAUUUCCAAAAAAAUGGAAAGAAUAGAUUUGCUACAUGCGGAGGGGACAGUAAAAUAAGGAUUUGGAGAUAUACAUGUCUCGAUGAAAACAUGAACCCGAAAAUUGAAUUUCUAUCUACAUUAAGUCGGCAUGCGCAGGCCGUGAAUGUUGCUCGAUUUAGUCCACAAGGAGACAUGUUAGCGACAGCUGGAGACGAAGGUACUAUCUUUCUUUGGGUUCCAUCUUCUACACCAGCAGCUACAUUGGCAGAUGAUGCUGAAGAGCUUGCCCUUGCAAAAGAGUUUUGGAAAGUGAAAACCAUAUGUCGCUCUAUGGGUGCGGAAGUUUAUGAUAUUUGCUGGUCUCCAGAUGGAAAUUAUAUAGUUGCUGGUGCAAUGGACAACAGUACACGGAUAUACAAUACGCAAACAGGGCAGUUGUUAUCUCAAAAUUUCGAUCACCUUCACUAUGUCCAGGGUGUGACUUGGGACCCUUUGAAGGAGUAUGUGGUUACUCAAAGCAGCGAUCGAUCAAUAUGCGUCUAUAAGUUUGAAAAACAAAUCAGAGAUUCCUCACUUCCUCUGCUGAAUCUGAAAUCACGAAUCCAUCGCAUAGACUACUUGAAUACUCAGAACUCGAAGUCCUCUUCUGUUCCGACACAACAAACUAGUGAUGUUGAUGUGGACAAUGAUCGAAACGGCAGCUCUAAAUAUGAAGAUAAUGGUUCGAGUUCUGGUUCUCAGACAAAUAUGGAUUUAGAUAUCGUACCUGAAGGCGGCACUGAAAAUCCAUUUAAAGUUACUUAUUCUUUAUACUGCAAUGAAACUCUUGUUUCAUUUUUUCGCCGUCCCGCAUUUUCUCCAGAUGGCUUUCUAUUGAUUACACCAGCUGGAAAGCUUCGAUUACACGGUCAGCCGAAUACUGAAUCGAUACAUACCGUAUAUAUAUUUACCAGGCCAAGCAUUUUAAGACAACCUGUAGCUUCUCUAACUGGAUUUUCCAAGCCAGCAAUUGCUGUGCGUUUUUCACCCAAAUUGUAUGAACUAAGACAAGUCUCGAAGCAUAGUCCUCCGUCUUCAUGCAUCGCAUUACCUUAUCGGAUGAUCUUUGCUAUUGCUUGUCAAGAUGCUGUUUACGUUUAUGAUACACAAUACUGCAAACCGUUCUAUAGAGCUGCAAACCUUCAUUACUCCACGCUAACUGAUCUAGCCUGGAGUGAUGAUGGUACCAUUCUCAUGAUGACUUCUAUUGAUGGAUUUUGCUCUAGCAUAAGUUUUACAAAUGAGGAAUUAGGAAAUCUUUAUGAGCAACAGAUCGCUGUUCCAGCGAAGGAAGUGACACCAACUGCUUCACUUUCUACUCCCGCCAAACUCGAUAAAGAGCUUAAAAUUCCAGAAGAUACUAAAGUAAAGAACAGUAGUGGACAUUCUCGACCUCAGAAAAAGAGAAUUGCGCCUACUCCCCUAUAUCCCCAAAAUUAACUUCUAGUAACAACUGGUAACUAUCUUUCAUAGAAUUAAUAUUUAAAUGGUAUAUAAAACAAUAAACUAUC